UUUCCCUUCUUUGGCGGCCUGCAUUUGUCACCGCCCGGCCGACUACAAAAGGCACGCCUCCCGCCCCUCCUGUCUUGCUGACCUCGCUCCCGUCUCCUGCCAUAGCACCGACAUCCACCGCCAUGACCUGCCCCUUCCUCCAGUCCACCUCCAACGGCCCCGCCCGUGUCCAGAAACCCGCUCCCAAGUGGACCGCUGAGGCCGUCGUCAACGGCGAGUUCAAGACCCUCAGCCUCGAUGACUACAAGGGAAAGUGGCUCGUCUUCUUCUUCUACCCCCUGGACUUCACCUUUGUCUGCCCCACCGAGAUCAUCUCCUACAGCGACCGUGUCGAUGAGUUCAAGAAGCUCAACGCCGAGGUUGUCGGUGUCUCGAUCGACUCCAAGUUCUCCCAUCUGGCUUGGAUCAACCAGCCCCGCAAGGCCGGUGGUCUCGGCGAGAUGAAGAUUCCUCUUGUCGCCGACAUCACCAAGCAGAUCUCGCACGACUAUGGUGUCCUCCUCGAUGCCGGAGAUGACAAGGGUGUUGCUCUCCGCGGCACCUUCAUCAUCGACCCCAAGGGCAUUGUCCGCCAGAUCACCAUCAACGAUCUCGGCAUUGGCCGCAGCAUCGACGAGACCCUCCGUCUCCUCGAGGCCACCCAGUUUGUCGACGAGCACGGCGAUGUCUGCCCCGCCAACUGGAAGCGUGGCGCCAAGACCAUGAAGGCCGAUGUCCACCUCGCCCAGGAGUACUUCAGCGCUGUCAACUAAGGGGCACCCCUCUGCCGUGCCCGAGGACGACAGGGGUAACCGGCGAACAACCAACCCCUCGGCUGGCCACAGCGACAGCGAGCGGAUCUCGAUCCAGGUGUCUUGCACCCCUCGUCCCUUGCAGCCUAUUCUCUCUCUCUCUCUCCUCACCUUGCUUGUAAAUUCCAUCGAGCCAACGGCGUUCUUCUGCCGCCUCCCAAUAUACAGCACUUUCUGUCAUA